ACGAAUUACAUUUGUUGUUAUUGUGAUGGGUUUGUUUUCCUUUUGGCUUCUUAGUUCCACACAUGUCUUUCUUUUACAAGCUCGAUUCCUACUUGAUCGGAAUUACCACUGCAUAUUGUUUCGUUUGAAUUCUCUUUUGCCUGUUAACUUGUUGUUGAUUAGUCAUCCAUGACCUUUAAGUUUUGCAGAUUUAUUCUCUGUAAAAAGUGUGUUAGUGUUAGAUUGAACUUGUGUUGCACUGUUGCUAUUUCUGGAAAUCUAAUGCUCCUUGACAAGAACUGCAGUUGGAUAAGUCCUCCACACGAUCAACCUUUAAGUCCUAUAUUGCUGAUCCUUGUUUCUAAAUUCCUCUGCAUGGCCAACAAUGGUGCAAAGGAUCCCUUGCUGUCAGGAUCACUUGAUGCGACUCAAAAGACUAAACAGCAGUUAUUAAACAAGAGAAGGCUCCUCCGUUCUAGAAGUGCUCCUCACGCAGAGCUUGUUCCUACAGAGACAAAUUGCAAUGAAUCAAUUCCUCGUACUGCAUCCAUAUUUCAGAAUUUGCAUCCAAGUUUUAAAAGAAUGGCUAUCUACCUUGCAGUCUAUUUAGGUGUAGGUGCUUUAAUCUUCUACCUUGUCAGAAACCAGAUUAAGGGGCAGAAAACAGAUGGAAUUCUUGAUGCUUUAUACUUCACAAUUGUGACAAUGACCACUGUUGGAUAUGGAGACCUUGUGCCAAAUAGCCACCUUGCAAAACUACUUGCAUGUGCUUUUGUUUUCUCUGGGAUGGCAUUGAUUGGACUAAUUGUAAGCAAAGCAGCAGACUACUUAGUUGAGAAACAAGAACUUUUGCUAGUUAAAGCCAUGCGCAUGCACCAAAAAAUUGGUUCAACUGAAAUUUUAAGGGAGGUUGAGACCAAUAAAACAAGAUACAAAUUAUUUCUAGUCUUUUCCCUUCUUUUGAUUCUCAUCAUCGUGGGGACAAUUUUUUUGGUCACAGUUGAGAAAUUGGAUGUUAUAGAUGCAUUCUACUGUGUUUGUUCUACAAUUACAACACUGGGUUAUGGGGAUCAAAGUUUCUCAACUCAAGCAGGAAGAAUAUUUGCUGUGUUUUGGAUAUUGACAGGUACUAUUACUUUAGCUCAGCUUUUCGUCUACAUUGCUGAACUAAACACUGAAAUCAGACAAAAGGAACUUGUCAAGUGGGUACUUACAAGGAAAGUGACCAAUUUAGAUUUGGAGGCUGCAGAUCUUGAUGAGGAUGGGACUGUUGGGGCUGCGGAAUUCGUUAUUUAUAAGCUCAAAGAGAUGGGGAAGAUUAGUCAAGAAGAUAUAUCACUUGUGAUGCAGGAGUUUGAACAGCUUGAUGUUGAUGAUUCUGGCACACUAUCAACUUCGGAUAUAACACUUGCUCAGUCAUCUUAGACCAACACAUUAACAUUGCACCAAGUUGGUACCGAGUGUUCCUAUUUUUCACUUUGAUCACGUAAUGCACACCAUAGCAGAACUUUGAUGAGCAUGGAAAGUCUGAAAUUUCUUGAAGGGAUUGGCGUUUAUUGGUCAGUCUCAUACUAUCGAUUUGUUGACUACUUGAUCAAGGAGCUUCUUAUGCAUAUCAUGUAAGUAUAUAAGCUUAAAAGUUUAAGCUUCAGAGUCUUUUGUAUUUAACUGCUUAAAAUACAUAGAUGAAAUCGGAACAUUCAGUUCAAAGCACAUUACUUGAGUUUAGGAUGAGUCACACAUGGUUUCUGCAUUGACCAAGAUGCUUGGAAUCCUUGGAUGUGUGUUGGAAACAUGAUUCUAAAUUGUGGACUCAAGUCUCAUUGAAGCAUUUGGAAGUAGUUUUUCAUCA